AUGGUCGAGGAGUAUACACCGUUGCAAGAGCAGUUAGAAUAUGCAGGCCAUGAUGUCCACGAACUCGAUCUGAAGGAUUUUAUACUCUCACACCCGAACUUAGAAAGAUUUAGAGGCACGCCACAGGGAAUUCUUAGUCUCAUUGACGAGUUCAAAAGAACAAGGAAUUGUCCGUUGCAACCAAGUAACCAUAAAGCCCGGAUUAUCGGGGAUCUAGUGGCACAUCGAAGACCGACGGUAAUGAUUGAGAUGGGAGGCUAUGUUGGCUACUCCGCUAUCCUGUUUGGCGAAGUAUUUUUCAAACAAGGCAUUGACAAUGGGUGCAUCUUUAGCCUGGAGCCGAAUCAUAGGUACGGGGAGGUUGCAAAGUUCUUGAUUGAUCUGGCUGGCCUCUCCAACUUUGUCGAAGUGAUGACCGGUCCUACCGAUGCUUCCAUUCGCAACCUCUUGUCCCUAGGCUUCGAAAAGGUGGAUUUCAUGUUGGUUGGCUAUGACAAUCUAGCAUGCACACCGAGUCUUAAGCUCUUCGAGGAGCUGAAAAUGGUCUCCCCUGGGACAGUUAUUGUAGUCGACAACUCCACCUUUUCUGGUAACAAGCCAUAUAUGGAGUACGUUAGAUCCUCCGUAGAGGAAAAGAGGGAGAUCGUGAAGCGACUAGAGUCAACGGAUAUCUUCAACAUGUCUACGAUACUGGCAACGAUUGACCCUGAAGUAAGGGCUGGCAACCCGAAUCUAAAGUAUGUGACCUGGCCGAUGGACGGAACUGGGCCAGCUUGGAGUAUGGUAGGACAAAUCCCAUUCCUGAUCUUCGGGGCAACUCAGGCUGAUUUACAUAGGGCCUCGUUGAAGUUGUCGAAUGUACUGGAGAGGAAGAAAACUCCUCGCCCAUGA